AUGGAUCCCUCAGCCGAUCUCCAGGUAUGGAACAACGCCGCCUUUGACAACAAUGGAGAAAUCUCCGAGGAUCUGAGUUGGGGCUCGCUGAUGUCGAUUUUCAGCAACCCAAAAGCAUCCUUCGAUUCGGUUUCCGACAAAGAGAAUGUCGGGGGGAGGAGAAUGAGAAGAAGAUUGAUGACGAACAUGAAAGCUCUCGAUUUCAAGAAAACUGGCGCAGAGCCCAAGUCUCAGAAGAGAGGGAUCAGUUUAGGGCCCAUUGAGAUCUUGCCCGGGGACAUUAACGAAGAGAAGUCGAUCUCGAGGAAGACGAGCAAAAAGGGCUUCUCGAGCGUGAGCCCGAAAUCGAGAAGGGCCGUGACAACAAUCUCGACGAGAAAGGCUUCGAAAAAGGAUGACUCGGUUCUGAACUCGGUCCAGCCAAAGAAAUUGUUCGGGGAAGGUGAAAAUACGGGCUUUGCUAGCUUUGUGGCUAGCAAGAAGCCAUCGAGGAGGUCCGGGAGAGUUGUGAAAUGUGAUGCUAACAAACGUGCCUUUUCGGUGGGAAAAUCCCAAGCAAGUAGUGCUGCAGGCGAGAGCAAGAAUUCGGAGGUUGAAAACAGACGAGUGAAAAAGCGUUGGGAAAUCCCGAGUGAGAUUGUAUUGCUACCUAAGAUCAAGAUUACUCAGUGUGUGAAGGAAAGCCCUCGAGACACGGGCCCGGCUACGAAAGUGGUUGAGUUGUUUGGAAAGAAAUCGUUUUUCACAAAGAACUAUGAAGAGGUAGAGCCGCCCGUUUGUCAAGCUCUUACUUAUGGUGAAGAGGAGGAAGAAGUUGAGGAAGAUGAUGGGUAA